AGGGGGAAAUUGCCAGUUGCAUUUCCCUUCCCUCCUUGGAAAGAGGCAACAGUUGAGUGUUGUUCCUUGGAGAAAGAAGCUUCUAUUCCAUUUCUUUUUGGAUUAUCGUUUGGAAUUGUUGCUCUUGGAUACACAGUUGUGGAUUAAUUUAUCUAUAUUGUGCGAGUGGUGUUUGUGGCUCUAUUUGUGCAUUAUAAGAUACACGUGGAAUACGUAUUAUUGUGAAUUAUAAAAUAAUAAGCAUUCAUAAUGCUUUUAAGUGUUAAUGGUGUGGGUGUCAUAGAUGUUUCAUUUUAAACGGAAAACAAUAAUAUUUUAUUUCCUUUUCUUCACGUGAAAAGGCUAAAUUAAUGGAUAGUUUUCUUAAAAAUUGAGUGCUAUGAAUGGCUUUACAGAGCCAAUGUCAGAAGAAUCAAGACCACCCGUUAUAGGCAAGGAAGAUUCUUGCUUUGAAAAGCCCUUUCCCCUACAGUACCUCGACUUUCCAAACAUGGAAAUCUGUGAAGUGACUGAGUGUGACAGUAAAAACAUCAAUGGCACAAACAGUUUUCAAAAUGAAGGGUGUGAAUUUAUGGAAUUGUCUCCUGUUCCUAGUCCACCUAAUCCUGGAAAAUGGACUGUUAGCUUGCAGUGUUUGUUGGACGAUAUUCAAGGGACAGACCUUUUUCAGAAAUAUUUGAUUAUGGAAAAUCAAGACACUAAGCCUUUAGAUUUUAUUUUUGCUUGCAGAGGAGUUAAAAAGACUGCUCAGCACACGGACCGCGAAAAGUUGAAUAAGCUCGUGCACGUUCUUUACGAAAAAAAGGUCAAAAGGAUAGCUGCAAUCGGUGACGAUACGAAACGAGAAAUCAAGCGUAAAAUACAGUCGAAAGAAAUAGACAUCCAUAUUUUUGAUGUUGCUCAACGUCAAGUGGAGAUGGACAUUUCGAACACCACUUACACUACCUUUUUGCAGUCUGACCUUUAUCUUCAGCAUUUAAGAUCUUCAUCUGAGGGUGAAACUGAAAGAGUUGCUUCUGAAGAAGCUGAGUGUUUACCUACCUUGCACGAAGAUUCGGAACUUCAUUUAACUGAGAAGCACCAAUUAAUAUUAAAAAAAGAAAGUAUACGAAGAAAGCUUCUAAGAAAUUCUGAUCUUAGAAGAAGUAGGAUAGAACCAGGAUCAAUAAUAAAGUCUCCUUACUCUGUGAAUUACAGUUCAUAUCAUGCCAGAUAUGGUACAUGCUUACCUACUUCUGUGCAAGAUAGCGAAUUACAAAGCAUAUCUUCUGGUGCUCAGACAGACGAUACAAUGUCUAAUUGUGACAGUAGUGUUGAUUAUUCUAUGUCAAGGAAUAAACCAAAACGACUACUGGAUGGGAAAAAAUAUCCUAUAAAUACAGAUAAUUUGCAUGAACUACCUAAAGAUUUUGUAUCUAUAACUCAACGUAAACAGGGUGUUGAAACAACGAGAAAUCCAUCUGAUUUUCAUCAAGAGCUUAUAUUAAAACUGAAUAAGGUUUGUGAAGAAAGGAAAAAUAAAGAAAAAGUAGUGGAAAAGAUAAAUUCUGUGGAGUCACCUGAUCCUUCUCGUCCUGGGGCAAGUGGAUGUACUAGUAAUGCAAAUCAGUGUAAAAUAGAAUCUUCAGUAUUUGAUUUGUUUGCGUCAUCAGAGGAUAAUGAUCAAGAUAUAUUGGACAGGCAUGUGUCCAGGGUAUUUGAGGAUCUGGGCCAGACCCCAGUAUUAUCUCCUGUCUGUGUUUCCCCACCUGCUGCUCGACCGCCGGUCGAUGUCUUACCUGGAACGUCUUUACUCGGACCUCAGGAUUUAUCUUAUACAAACUAUCAGAAAUCUAGUCUAGUUUCACCAUUUUCAGUGAUUGGAAAUCCUAAACAAAAGCAGGAGCGUGAUACGCGUUCAAGCGACAGUGGGGCUGUAACAGAAUGGAUAUCCGAAGACAAUUUGGCUGCUCGCUCUCACGAGAACCUUGUGUAUCAAAAACAGCCUUUCGGUCGUUCUUCCUCUAAAGAUCAAUCUAGAAGGUCACUUCGAAAGACUGGUCCCAUCUUUAAGUCAACAACCAGUUUUGAAGAUAGUGGUAUCAGUGAAGUUUAUGAGCCCCAUGCUUCAAGUCUCAAGAUGGCACAUUGGCUGGAAAGCAAACGGUGUUUGCCUGAAAAUGAUAAAGAAAUGAAAAUCUCCUCUACCUCACCUGUUCUGAAUCGAAGUUAUGGCCAGAAAAUUCUGUAUCGUGGAGAGAGUGUUAUGCAUAACUCUCUGACUUUUGUGUCAAGGGCAACUGUGAUGCAACCUCAACCAACAGCUCAAGAUCUCACCACAUCCUUCAGGCCAGACACAACCACCAAUCUGAUUGAAGCGAGGCGAAGGCUGGAAGAUGAUAAAAAGAUAGGAAAAUCUAGGCAUACAUCUGGUACCCCCCGGCUUCGUCAAUCGUUUCGUGCUUCCGAUACUUUUGAAGAAGGCCUAUCACAAAGGAAGCAGAGUAAGAAGGAUGAAACAAUAGUGAUUGGAUAUUCUUAUGGACAACAAUCAGUGCCAUAUCUGACAAGGUUUCAUGGAAGGAGCAUCACUCUCAGGAAUUUCAAAUCACUCCUCACCAAGAAAGGAAAUUUCAAGUAUUACUUCAGAAGAGUUGACAAUGCGUUUGGAACAGGAACUGUUCUUGAAGAAGUGUGUGAUGACCAAGCCAUCUUACCCUUGUGGGAAGGAAAAGUUUUUUGUGUUAUUGAAACUGUAGAUGAUUUGCCGACACCUGAAGAUUGCCUGCAAUGACAGCAAUAGAAAUCAGAUUUUGCCAAAAAUUCAGAAAGGACUUAGCUUUUCACAUACUUUAGCUUUUCUGUUAAGUUUUCCUAUGGAUUAAAAUAGCUACGUGAAAAAUAUACUUAAUAUUUAUUUUCCGAUCAAACUCUUUUUGAAGAAUCCCGUAAAGUGUGUUUCUUGCAUUUAUUUUAUUUGAUGUCUGCACUUAUUUUCCCUUCCUCUUUCAAAAGUGAUUAAAAUUGUUUUGAAAAUGUGCUCUUCUAUUACAAAUUAUAAUGUAAAGAAAUGCAGCUCUUAACGGAAAUGAAUGAUUCAAUAGUUUUUAUAAAUUGCGGAGUAGCUACACCAUUGUGUAAAGCAAUAACGGUACGUUUUGCGACGUGUGAUCAGCCAUUGAUUUUUAAGUUAACUUGUUGCAAUUAGGAAAGAACUCUUUUUUUUUUAUUAUUUGGAAUUUUAGAGAUUCAAAAAGUUUUAAAUGCUUUAUAUUCACAAUUGACAUGUUUUAAAUUUAACAGUAUUUUUGACAGUUAGAAAUAAUCUUGUUGAACUUUUUGUACUUAGUAAAAUCUUGCUAUGUUAUGAGCACUAUGGACACAAAAAAUAUUUGCAUUAAUUUUUUUUUUAUUCUUAAAAGAAUAUGUUUUUGUUUUUCGGUAUUCUUGAUUUUUACUCAAGGUAUUCUACAUAGAUUUUUUUUUUUACAAAUGUUAACUUAGAUAGAUAAAAGCAUAUAUAAAUAAGGCAUGUUUUUAUUAAAUGCUAUUUAAUAUGUUGCCUUUGUAAAAGAUCUAAUUUGAAACUAGUGUUUUUUUGCUAUAAUUAAUUAACUUUCAUCAUUACUGUAAUUCAUUUCUACGUAUCAUUUAAAUUGAGGCUGAAAACAAUUACUAAAAAAUAAUAAGGGGAUGUGGUUAAAUGAAAAAAAAGAUUUACGUUUUAUAUUUUCGAAAUUGCAAUAUCUGAGUUGGAGUUCCUUAUAUAAUAAUUUUCUGUUUGAGUUGCGUGCUUUACCUUUAUAUCAUACCCGUGUUAACUGAUGUUGAGAAGUUUGUAAUUAAUGUAAAUUAAACAUUACAUAUCAUAAGAAUUUGGUUUCUCAUUUAUUAACCAAUAAUGUGCCUUGAUACUCAUUAUUAAUAUAUUAUGAAAUAAAUCUGACAACAAAUCUUUCCCCCAUAAAAUUUCAUGCUGUCAUCCUAUUCUUAAGAGUGUUGUUAAUUAAAGGCUAAUUAUAUAUUUUCUUCAAAAAAUGAUUCUCCUGUUAAAAAAAGUCCUAAUUAUUAUAAAUCCUGAGACACUAUUGAGGCAAAAUUUGCUUAAACAAAAAGUUUUUUUUUAUUGUGUCAUGUUUGGAUAUAAAAGAAAUUUUGUUGACAAAGUGUGUAAACAGCUUGUGGUGCUAUUAAGAUUUCUUGUAAAUAUAGCCCCAGAAAGAAAAAGAAUUUGUCCUAGUCGUUACAGUGGAAUGCAAUGUUAUGUUUUUUAUUUAUUUAUGUGUAGAUGUGUUUUAUGCAUGAACUGCAUUCACCACUUAUGACAGAGAGUUUUGAAAUGAUUGCUUCCAUUUUUAUUGUACAAACUUUUCUGUAUAAAGUUUCAUACAUGUAGAUUUAUUGUGUUGUAAAGGAUUAGUUUAAUAAGUCAUUUUUCGUUAUGUUUUGUUCAUCAGCUUUUGUUUUAAAUAGAGUUCAUCAGUUUUUAAUAAAUUUCAUCUGUUUUUAACAAUUUGACUGUAAGUUUGAAAAUUCUGAACACAAGGGAUAUUAAUGCAGAUAAUUUAAUAGUACUUUCUUUUAUAGCUUUGACUCCUUAAAAAAGAAAAUCAUUAUUUUGUUUUCGUUGAAUUUUAAGUGUCGGUGACUUGGAAUGUUUACCUGUCCUUCCCUUGAAUUAGGACAUGAUUUUCUAAUUAAAAAAUUUCCUUGACUGAGAGAAGAAUUAAUAUUCUGUAUUUAAAGACGAUAAUAACCUUUUAUUUAACCUAAUAGUUUUAAUGUUUUUUAAAGCAUUAAACAUAUUUUAUCUAUAUAUAUUCAUAUAUAAUUAUCUUCUCCAUUAUCAGAAUCUAAGUGAGUUGCAUAAAAUAAAUUUAUACAUUGGUCUGUGUUUUUAUUAACCAAAUGAAAUGAAUCAAAGCUGGGUAUUGUCGUUAAUACUUGUCAGAUUAAUUUGUAAUGACAAAUAUCCCCUUGGUGAUAAUGACAGCUGAUUUCAAAUCUGGUUUCUCUCUUUUCUGGGCUCCUAUGAGUCAGGGAAAACCUGGAAAUGUCUGCGAAUUUUAUUUUAACUCCAAAAAUCAGGAAAUAUGAAAAAUUGCAAUUUUUUACAAAAACCUAGAAAAUUCCUAUAUUAUGCCUGGAAGAUAACCAGUCUGAACUAUCUACAACAGUAAUCAGUUAUUGAGAUUGGUGUUAUGAAACUAUGGAAUCUAAUACAAUUAUUUGUUGCAAAAAUUUCACAUUUUAGUCUAACUGACAUGUUCCCCUACUCAUUCAUUGAUUUUUAGAAUUUUUUUUUUUUGUUGCUGCUCACAAAAUCUAAUAUUUGGCAUUACAAAUAAAAAGAAAAUCAGAUUUUCUGAUCAAAAAUUGGGUAUAGAUAAAAUGUAUGGAUAAAAUAUGGACUGGAUUUUUUUUGAAAUGUACCUGAUGUUACUUGAAAAGCCAUGGAAUUUUUUUUAUGAAAAUAAGUGAGAGCCCUGUCUUUAAGCAAGUUUUUUUUUAAUGAUAUUUUUAUUCUUAAUUUUUGUUAAAAUGUGCUUUUUUUAAAAAGGUUACAUAUGACGUGGGGUUGCCUAAAGGUUAAUGCCAAACUUCUGAGGAAGUUUGGGCACACCAUCAGGGAUAAAAUCGCAUAGGAACCUAUGCCCAGAAAUUCCAUCCUAUGAUGCUAAGGGCGCUUACCUGUUAUGAAUUUAUAUGCUUUUUAACCGGCCGCUAUGAGCAGCCAUUGGCAUUUCUGACAUUUCCAAGCAUGGGUUUUCUAUGCAAUAUUUAUACUGCUGUAGCAGUUUGUCUCAACAUUUGUGCAACACCUGUUAUAUAGAACACUUUUAAACUUGUACAUUCUUACAACAAAAAGACUUAAAAUUGUCAUUAAAAAAAUAAAUCCAGCGCAAAAAUAAUUUUAAGAUUUGAAAUUCCCACACACCAAUUAGACAAGAUCAAGUGCUUGUAUAAAUGCAUCAAAAAUUGAUUUGUUACAAUGCUUUUUGUAAAACUUGAUAUUCAGGAGAUAUAGUAAGAACGCCUCUUAAAAUAUCUACAUCACUAAACUUGAUUAUCAAUAUAUCACCCAGUUCUGUUAAAUAUUGGACUGUUUACCAUGUGCAUGAUUUAAAUUCCCACCUAUUGUCAAUGAAAGUCGAAAACAGUUUUUAAUCGAUCUUCUGUUAUGUGUUUUUCAUUUUAAGUGCUUAAACUGGGUCAUUGCAGGAGUGAUCUUUGUACACUUUUCAUGUUCUUCAAUAUUACAAACUAAUGAAUAAAAUUUGCAAUCCAUUCCCUUGUGUGCCAGAUUCUCAUCCAUGUUUGGAAACUAAAUAAUCUUUUAUCUUGGAGAAAAAAAGGAACUAGUGUGAUUUUUGGUGUUUUUGAAGAUAAUCCGCAUGGUGUUGAUACUGGUGUAAUAUAAUCAUGUAAAUAAUAUUAUAAUUCAAUGGAUGAAUAAUCUACAUAUGUAUUGAACAGAAGAAAGAAAAGUUUAAAAAAAAAGAUAUUUUUAAUAAAUCAUAUCAUGUAAUUAUGGAAAAUGUAAAUAAAGAUUGCUUUCUUACUUUU